CGGUCCCGGUCGAUGCAGUGUGCCUUGCUCCACGCAGUGAAGAGCGCGCGCGUGUGUUCUAGCCGUCCGUGGACCGAAUCUCUCUGUGUUGGUGCGCUUGAAAAAUACCUCCAAUGCGAUUAGGCAGCUUAGUAAGCGUGCGGUCUGACAGCUGAUAAGAACGUCGCCUGGCUCUCGGGUUUAAACCAGUCUGACGUGCAGGUGGAGGCUUAGCCGGAACAGUUUGACGGUCACAGACAGUAGAACAAUUGAAACAGUGGCUUUGCGCUUGAAGAUACGAUCGUUCUCAUAGUGUGAGUUACGGACCGGUCAUCUACACUACAGUCGUGAACGGAUUUGGAUGUCAAGAGGCAGCAAUAACACAUUCGCCGCCGAUUGUCGCGCACAGAUGAUGUGACGUAGUGUUUGUGACAGCCUCGACCCUGGAAGCGUCAGCUCUGUUCUGCACAGGUGGCCUUGUGAAAUGUGAGCUGCAACAACCUACCUGUAAACUACUAUAACUCACAAACAAACACAAACAGAUAAGCAAACGUCAUUCUGAGAGUCACUCUGAGCACAAAUCAAGACAAUGAUGCUGUUCGGAGGCAUUUUACCGUAUCUGCUUGUGCUAUGGCAGCUACUGGCUUCGGUCGAUGUCGCCUGGGCCCAGGACGAGCCGGCCCAGGAAUCCGCCUGCCCAGCCAUCGUGAAGCGGGCGGCCUGGGGUGCAGUCAAGUCGAAGAACGUCACCUACCAGCUGAAACCGGUCGCGAACGUGAUCGUGCACCAUACGACCGGGGAGCGGUGCGCGACAGUGGCCACCUGCAAGGAGAUGGUGGCAAACAUACAGACCUACCACCAGACCGACAACCGGUGGAGUGACAUCGGCUACAACUUCCUAAUCAGCGGGCAGAAUGUGUACGAGGGCAUCGGCUGGCACCGGAUGGGGGCGCAUCUGCGCGGCUACAACGACAAAUCGAUCGGCGUCGCCUUCCUGGGCAACUUUGACCAAGAGCGGCCGACCCCCCGCAGCCUCAACCUGCUUGCCCGGCUACUGCAGUGCGGUGUCGAGCUGGGCGAGCUAGCCGACGACUACCGGCUGUACGGUGCCCGCCAGCUCCAGAGCACCAACAGCCCGGGCCGGUAUCUGUACGCGAAGCUGCAAGAGUUUGACCACUGGCAGGCGCAAUAGUAGAAGUAAAAGAACGACUCUGCUCUCUAUUUGCAAAAGACAAAAAACCCGGAAAUACCCAAUAUCAAUAAAGAGGUUUUCACGUACAUGGCUCGGUUAGGAUGCGGUCCCGAUCUUCGCCAACCCCGUGGUUGCGUGCGUUGUGGCCGUUUCUUUGCCGUUCGCUGUGCGGAAAACAAUUUGAGCUAUUCACAA